UCUACAUCUGUCUUCCCGUUGGUGUAGUGCUUGAAAUCAAAGACUUCAGUAGAUUAUACUAGAGGUGCAUCCAGAUUUGACUAGGUUCUCCAGGUUCAGCUACUGAUUGUUCAUUUACCCCCCAAUUCUCUCCAAUGAGUCAGCAAGAUGAGCCUACUUAUAGAAGGAUGCAAGUGAAAGUCUUGUAUUCCUUCAAUAAUAAUGGAACUGUGUUUUUGUCGAGAUCAAGAUCUCAGUACUCAGUGAAAAUUGCUCAAAUACCAAUGGCUUUGUCUUCAAACCCGCUUCAAUCCCAAGAACAAGAGUUUCUUACCUUGGGUGCCUUUGACUUGAAAACUUGUACUCAACAGAUUUUGAAAAACUCUCCAGAAAAUUUCCAUUUGAAUAUGGAAGACUAUGCAGUUUAUUAUAAAGACAUCACAGAACAGCCGGAUGAACCGUUUGUUUCUCAAGGAGAAAUGUCUUCGCUUCUAAAUUCUUCAAAAUCACAUCUUAUACCGGGAAGAGUGUGCCAAAAUUUAUCGGCUAGUUAUUUAUUUGGUGAUAAAUCAAAUUCUUCGUCAUUAACUCUAGAAAUUAGAUUGAAAUUACAUACUAUUGAACGCUCUCAACAAAAUCAUGACCAAGACUCUGCUCCUGCAGUUUCAUCCAAUACUAACCAACUGAAAAACUCAAGAAGACCUAAUAAUGAGUCAAUAGUUGCUAAUAAUUAUUCGGCUCAAAAAAGACAACGUCAUUCAAAUAAGCCAACUAAUUCUUCAGUUAUCCCUUCUUCAUCUGCUUCGGUAUCCGCCUCUGCAUCUGCUUCUGCAAUAAAAGCUACUAGAACUAAAUCUUUACCCAUCUUUUAUCAUCCUCAUAGUCAACAAGUUUUCAACAUUAUAAACGCAGAUAAAUUGAAUGCCCCUUCAAAAUAUGAUAGUAAAAGUGUUCAAGAUCGUUUUAAAUCUGCUCCUUUCCUUCAAGCAAAAAUCAUUGAUAAUCCUUCCACUAAUAGAAUACGUCAAAAAAAUUAUAACAGCAAUACAAAAGUUGCUUCUCGGAACACUACUCCUACCAUUAAUGAAAGUACAACUCCAAUUGACUUACCACAAAGAGCGGUUCGUACAAGGUCAAUGGCGUCUACUCAACCCAUGAUUUCUUCCCCCAUUAAUGAAGAAGUUUUAUUUGAUGUUAGUGAUGGCUCUGAUGAUACAGAGUAUAAUGAGAAUUCAAACGAAGUCAUGAAUAAAGAAAAUAAUAAUAAUGAACACAGUCUUGACGAAGAUGAUGAAGAUGAUGAUGAUUAUGAUGAAGAUCAAACAGAAUCAUCCCCUUAUACCCCUCAACAACCUCCUUACAAACCAAAAAGUGCUCCAGUAAUUUCUUCUGGUAAUCAUCAAUUUCAUUCUUUACCAGACUUGGAAGAUUUGGAUAGCAAAAAAACUCAUACAAUUCCUGAUACUAAAUUACCAAAAGAUCACGGUUUAGUGUGUACUAAUAGUAAUUGUGCAACCACUUCAUCAAUGACCUGGAGAUACUUUGAAACAAAAUUUCAUCCAAACUACCUUGCUAUUCAUAGGGCAAAAGAGUUUAACAAGAAAAACUAUGAAGGAAUGUUCGGUCCCUUGUGUAAUGCCUGUUACUUAUUCUUAAGAAAUAAAGGUUUCAUGAGACCAGAAGGUGUUGUCAAGAAAUACUUACAACAACAAAAAUACAAAAAGGACUUAAAACAAAAGGACUCCAGUCUUCCUUUACCAGCACCUGCAUCAGCGAAAUCAUUAACUCACCCUUCAAAUAUGUCCUCUUCUUCCCCAUUAAACCCACCAACAGUUCCAUCUACUAAUAAAUUCUUGACUCCUUCUCACACCCCGUCUGCUAUCAAUCAGGUCAUUCAAAAUAAUAAUAAUAAUAAUAAUAAUCUUCAUAAAACCAACUUUAAUGAUUUAACUGAUUUCAUGAAUCAAUUAAAUUCAUUUGGUGGGCCCUUAACUGAUAUAGAUCCUUUGCCUCAAGAUAGUAAUCAACAACAAGGUAUAACCCCACCUAUGAUGGCGACUAAGUCUAACACUCGUGUCAUCAAUAUUUAUGAAGAUUAUGAAGGCGAAGAUAAAGAAAACUGGCCCCCAGUUGGUGAAGAUGACAACGAAGACCAAAACGAUUUUGAUAAGAUGAUCGCAAAAUCUUUCACCCUGAAUAACACUCCUGAUCACAAUGAAUGGUCAACACUAUUCGGUGGACCAACUCCUAAAGAUCAAACUACUCCAAAGAAUAAUCAAGACGAUAAAAAUCAACUCCAAAACGCUCAACAACAAAAAACCACUAAUUCUUCUAAUUUACCUCAGUUGAGAACCUUUAAAUCAUCUCCUUUGAAAUUAGACAAAGCAGCCAGUGUUGCUAACAUGCCUUCAUCUCCAUUGCUCAGCUCUAACAUAGAAAAUAUAGAAGAUGAAGUAAAUAAUCUAGUUUCUAAUGAGAUUUUCUCUCAAUUAGCAUUAAUAGCAUUAAUUCCCUAG